CCCUCACAAUUUAUUCAACCCUAAUCCAUCUUCUUCCCUCUCUCUCUCUCUCUCUCUGAACUCUGAAGUUAGCCCUAAAAAAAGCUAAUGUCUGGUAUGUACGAUCAAGGAGGAGACGCUGCUCCGUCUUACGGAGCCCCUGGAGGCGGUGGAGGGUACGGUGGUGGAGGUGGAGGCGGUGGAUACGGAGGCGGUGGUGGUGGUGCAGGCUAUGGUGGAAAAGGCGGUGAUGGUGGUUAUGGAGGCGGAGGCCGUGGCGGCGGUGGCGGCGGUGGUAGAGGCUAUGGAGGACGAGGUGGCGGCGGAGGCGGAGGCUACGGUGGUCGUGGCGGCGGUGGCGGAUAUCAAGGAGGAGAUCGCGGAGGCGGAUAUCAAGGAGGAGACCGAGGAGGGCGAGGCGCUGGACGUGGUGGCGGGGGUGGUCGUGGCGGAAGCGGCAGAGAUGGGGAUUGGGUCUGCCCUAAUCCUGGCUGUGGAAAUUUGAACUUUGCUAGAAGAGUGGAGUGUAACAAGUGUGGUGCACCCUCACCUGGUGGUGCUAGCGAUCGAAGUGGUGGUGGUGGUGGUGGUUAUAAUAGAGGUGGAGGUGACAGUGGCUAUGGUGGCAGUCGUAAUGGAAGAGGUGGUAGUUUCCACGGUGGUAGAAGUGGAACUCAUGAUGGAGGUCGAAAUGAAGGAGGGAGCAGAGGUGGUAAUUCUUAUGGUGGUCACCAGGGAGGAGAAGAUAGCGGGUACGGUCAAGUUCCCCCAUCCUCAGCACCUUCAUCUGGCGGUCUUGCUGGCUCUUAUCCACCAUCUUACCAUGGUGGAAGUGCAGAUUACGGGACUGAUGCAGUUCCUCCUCCUGCAAGCUAUAGUGGAACGACAUAUCCUCCAACUUAUGGUGGUCCCACUGGUGGCUAUGGUGGUGACAGUCUAGGUGAUGGGCGUGGUGCUGCUGGUCGUGGUGGGCCAUCAGGUGGAUAUGAUGGUGGCUACAAUGCGGGUGGUAGAGGUGGCUAUAAUGCUGGUGGUAGAGGAGGAAGCUAUAAUGCCAGUGGUGGUAGAGGUGGUGGUUAUGGAAGUACACAAGCAGCAGAGCCAGCACAGGUUAAACAGUGUGAUGAUAAUUGCGAUGAUUCGUGUGAUAACUCUAGAAUCUAUGUAUCUAAUUUGCCACCAGAUGUGACCAUUGAUGAAUUGAGGGAAUUAUUUGGUGGAAUUGGUCAAAUUGGAAGAAUCAAGCAGAAGAGGGGCUACAAGGAUCAAUGGCCUUGGAACAUAAAAAUAUAUACAGAUGAGAUGGGAAAUAACAAAGGCGAUGCAUGUGUAUCAUAUGAAGACCCCUCAGCAGCACAUUCUGCUGGCGGUUUCUAUAACAAUUAUGAUUUGAGAGGUUAUAGCAUCAAUGUUGCAAUGGCUGAGAAGUCUGCACCAAGGGCUCCACCUACAUAUAACCAUGGUGGUGGUGGUAGAGGUGGAUAUGGAGGUGGUGGAGAUAGGCGCAGAGAUAGCUACAGGGACGGAGGCUCUGGACCUGAUAGACAUCAGCAUGGUGGAAAUAGAUCGCGUCCUUACUGAGAGAUUCGGCAUUGAGCAUUUUAUGUAAUGGGAAUUGUGAUCUUAAGUGUUUUAGUUUUGUUCCAUGGCUGGAUUCUUGAAUUGGAGACCAAAGAGGUAGGUUGUUCACUUUCUAUGGGCAAGAGACCUCUUUGCUCCUUUUUAUCUAUAGUGGUACCUGGAGGAUUAUAAUCUUGCUGGGGCUUGAGAUUAAUCUAGUUGUGUGGAUGUUUUUUUUUAUAGAGGCAGGCGGAUAAUCUCCAAACUGCUUGUUGCUAAGGUAGGUGUUGAUGUUUUCAGGUGAGUGCUUCUCUUUCCAUAACCAUUCUUAGAAUUAUGCACUUGGUGCUCUGAUGUAUAAAGCUCCACCUGAUCUCUCAGCUACGUCCUUGUUGGAUCUGAUGCAAGCAUAUCUUAGCUUUGAUCAUAAUUCUGCAUUCAUAUUUUAAUUAUUAAUUAUUUACUUGCCAUGUUCUUUACCCUUUAACGUCCUUUAUUAUUAUUAUUAUAAUUUAUUAUCUAUUUGCUAGGGAUGGCCUGAAUUUUUUUCUUAUUCAUCUCACAUGUGUGUUCAAGGCUGCUUGUGAUCAUAUGAUGUUUGAUUUAGCUUGUUUUUAUCUUAAAAAAGACUAUCAUAUUAGUAAGUCAAACUAGGUAUUACGUUGUAGUGGUAAGUUACUUCUGUCACGUAGAACUGUCAACUGUCGCCCCAUAGAACUUUGGAAUUGUUCACUUUUUGGAUUGGGGUUUUAUGAUGGGACACUCAAGUUAGACGUCGGGUUGUCGAUUUGGGUUUUUGGCAAUGUUGCAUUUUUUUUCUGGAACGCUGUGGUGCAACAAUGUCUGACACUCCAAAUGUUCUAAAGAUUUAUUUUAGUUGGGUCUUAAGGCAAACACUAACCUCAUGGAUUCUGAUGCCGUGGUGCUGCCAUUUACAUUCUGCACAUUCAUUUGCUGCGUUAGUGGCUUCUUUGGAGCUGUGCCGAGGAAAUAUUCAGCAUUAAUUUUGGAUUUGUCUUAGGAGUCGAUUUUGUUAUAGAAAAAAGACACAUGUACUUGUUUUUUCCCCUAGAAGGGCAGAGGGGGUUGUUUUGUUACCCGAUUUUUGACCUAUUGCAUAAACUAGUGUGUUUGAGCAAUGGAUUACAAAUUUCUGUAUGUUCA